AACUCUCCAGGAGAGAUGACCAGCAGCUAAAAUCCAGUCUGAUGAGGCGUACAGGAACAUCAAAAGAAGCUAUUCUACGAAAUGAUGAGGAGCUGAGGAUUGUGAUGGUGGGGAAGACUGGAAUUGGGAAGAGUGCCACAGGAAACACCAUUAUUGGGCAUAACUGCUUUGAAUCAAAGUUCAGCGCCAAGUCUAUGACUGAUGAAUGUUCUAAGGCCUAUGCUGAAGUGGAUGGACAAAGGAUUUCGGUUAUUGACACCCCAGGACUCUUUGACACCAGGUGGGACCAGGAUAAAACACAUAAAGACAUAGGCCAGUGCAUCUCCUAUUCUUCUCCUGGACCCCAUGUCUUCCUGGUUGUCAUCGCACUCGGCAGAUUCACAGAAGAGGAAAAGCAGUCAGUGCAGAAGAUCAGAGAAAUGUUUGGCCAGGAUACAGACAAAUACAGCAUGGUUCUCUUUACUCAUGGAGACCUUCUUAAAAACACCACCAUUGAGGAGUUUUUAAAGGACAGCCCAGACCUGCAGGAACUUGUGGCCAGGUGCAACGGUCAGUACCAUGUCUUUAAUAAUGAUCUGGAGAAUCGCUCGCAGGUCACCGAGCUGCUUAAGAAGAUCAGAACCAUAGUCCAGAAGAACGGAGGAAGCCACUACACCAAUGAAAUGUUCCAAAAGGCAGAAAGGGCAAUUGAACAGGAGAAACAACGCAUACUGAAAGAGAAAGAGGAGCAAAUGUGCAAAGAGAUGAAAGAACUGGAGAAGAAUCUACGAGCUGAAUUUCUGAAAGAGCAAAGAAAAAAGUUGGAGGAAAUGCAUGACAAAGAGGCCAGAGAGAAAGCAGAAAAGAAAGGCAAGUGUACAAUUUCCUAA